AGGGCGAUAUUGAAAUCUGUUCAUACGCAUUGUUCACUAACCGCGGCAGCCGCCGUCGUUGUUGCAGUACGCUUUUAAAAACCGUAGUAAUCCGUGUUAUACAUCUUAUAAAGUCAGAAUAAACACUUCAUCUACACAAAAAAAUUCAUUUAAACUGUAAGAAGUGUUUUUGGAUUACCAUCAAAAUGUCGUACAUGCUCCCUCAUCUUCACAAUGGUUGGCAAGUGGACCAGGCUAUUUUAUCCGAGGAGGACCGUGUGAUUGUUAUACGAUUUGGCCACGACUGGGACCCUACGUGUAUGAAAAUGGAUGAAGUAUUAUACAGCAUCGCCGAGAAGGUAAAGAAUUUUGCAGUAAUUUAUCUUGUGGACAUCACAGAAGUGCCAGAUUUCAACAAGAUGUAUGAGUUAUAUGAUCCUUGCACAGUCAUGUUCUUUUUCAGGAAUAAGCACAUCAUGAUUGAUCUUGGCACUGGUAACAACAACAAGAUAAACUGGACCAUGGAAGAUAAGCAGGAGAUGAUAGACAUUGUUGAGACUGUCUACAGGGGGGCGAGGAAAGGACGGGGUCUUGUGGUUUCUCCAAAAGACUACUCAACCAAAUACAGAUACUGAUCUCUGUGCGCUUAUUUAGUCAUUGCAUUUUUUUUUUUUUUUUCAUCAACAUUGGACAAGAUCUGAGUAUUCAGCAGUAUGGUCAUUUGGACUGUUUAAUGGCCUUGUUUAGGAUUUUCAACUUUAUAUUUAAAUGUGUUACUCUGUUGCUGUUGUUAUGGUUACCAGUCUUUUAUAAUUUUGUGCGUCUGAAAAUGUCCCUGUGUAUUGAAUAAAUGAAUAAAUAUUGAA